UUGUAUUUAUUCAGUAGAAAGGAAAACAUUGUAUAAACUAAAAAGAAACUAUGGCCAGUGCUGAAAGUAAAAAUUCAAUGGCGAACGGUAAUGCCGUCUCAGAAUUGCAAAUAAAAGACGCACAAAAUUUAUUGCCACACUUGGAGUCGCUAGAACGCAUUAUAAAAUUGCCUGUUGUGGGUGCGGCUUGGGAUAAAAGUCAGGAUGUCUAUGGCAAAGUAAAAGGCAGAAAUCGCGUUUUCAAUUGGGCUUUAAGUGCUGCAGAAGACUGUGUUGCUCGUGCCGUUACUACGGCGGCUCCAAUUGUAAGCUGCUUGGAUCGUCCCAUACAAUACGUCGAUCAAACUUUGGUUAAAGGCAUCGAUAAAUUGGAAGUAAAGGCGCCGAUUAUUAAGGAUACACCUCAAGAGAUUUACAAUCAAGCCAAAAAUAAAGUUAUCGAUGUAGUGCAACCGCAUAUUGAUCGCGUGGUAAAGCUAAAAACAGCCGGUCAACAGAAAGCGGCCUCAUUAAAAGAUUUAGCCUGGCAGAAAGCCAAUGAGGUAUUGGCCACGCAAUACGGUAGUUUAGCAGUAAACGGUGUCGAUACGACGUCUGCCUUAGCCGAACGUCUGCUGGAAUAUUAUUUCCCCAAAUCCGAUUCAGAAAAUGAAGAAGAAGAUAAUGAAAAACCUAUAGUUAAGAAACAAAAUGGUCACAAUGCCCAGAAUGGCAAAACGUCCACCACAGACCAGGAGGACUCUAAUGUAGACUACGACGUUGAACUUGAUGCUAGAUUUAUUGUAGCUGCCUCAACGGUAUUUUUAUCAAUGUCUUUAAAAAUACUAAACGAAAUUGUUGAUUACAUUAGAAGAAAUCCAAAUAUUCUCAAUAGUAUUGAUAGGCAAUUAAAUGAGUUUAUGGUAAGAGGUAACCAAUUAAUUAUAUUAUGUAUAUACAAGAAUUUUUUAAUAUAGGGUGUCUGACUGCGCGCGCCUCUCCACAAUUCUCUGACUCAGUAGACCACGUCAGGCGGUUCGUUCGGUUUCAAUCUUCUCAUACGCACGCAGAUUUAAGUCUUUACGCAAAAAAUGAUCGUCAAGUUAUUCAUCCAGUGAGAAGGAACCGUUCUCGUUAAUCAUAUCUUAUCAUUAAUCGUAUCAUAUUUUGUAUUUCUAUAUCGCGGUAGCGAAAUAUUCAAUGAUUCGCUUAUCGGAACAGUAAUAAUAAUAAAAAGAUGAUAAUAAUCUUUGGGUUAACAUAAGAUUUGAAUUGAUUUCAAAGUUUGAAAAAUUUACAAAUAUUUUUAAAAUGCGUUGAAAAAGGUUAAAAUGAAUAUGAAGCGCCGUUCCUAUGAUAAGACCCUAUAUUACAUAUUUUGCAAGGUUACUUAUGAUGAUCAUACUAAAUAC